AUGGUUCUUUGUGUAGUUUUCGGCUGUGGCAGUAGAAGCGAUCGGGAGAAAGGGAUUGGAUUUUAUCGAAUACCAUCAGUUAUCAAUGAUAAGUCUACCUUCGAAGAAGAAUUGACAACAGAGAGGAGAGAAAAGUGGAUACAAGCGAUAAGUCGGGGCGACACAAAAGCAAAAGACGUUCUCAAAAGCGAACGAGUAUGCGGCAAGCAUUUUGUCUCUGGAAAGCCAUCUCCUUACUGGGACAAGCACAAUGUAGAUUGGGUGCCAACUUUAGAGCUCGGAAAGAAAAGUUAUGGCCGUGAGAUAGACUAUGAAGCGAGAGCAAAGAGGCAAGAAAGAGCGAAGAAAAGAGAGAAACACGCCAUCGAGCAACAAGAACGCGAAGCGGCAGAGAAGCGUCAGAAACUCAUCGAAAGCAGUCUUCCUGUGGCCCAGAUCGACUUUAAUCAGCCAAGCACCUCCACAGAAGAAGAAAAAACUGGAAACGAAGAUGCCUUUUCCGGUGACCUUACGGCAUGUGAUGAAGGCAGUGAGUCUGAUGAAAUCAGAACGCAAAUUAUGAGAGACGCCGAGUGCCAAGCAGACACAAAGCUAAAGGAUUCGGAAUGCCAAACCACCGAAUUAGAAUACAUGUUUCAAACAAGUACGUAUCGGGCACCGGAUAAAGAGUUCUUUGACUCAGACGAGAAGGUUCGCUUCUAUACUGGUCUACCUUCCUUGGAAGUGCUAAUGGUUGUGUUUGACCAUGUAGCUUCACAUGUAAAAAGGCAAACUCAGUCACUCGAUAGGUUCCAAGAGUUCAUUAUUGUACUCAUGAAACUUAGGCUUAAUGUACCGUUACAGGAUCUUGCCUACCGUUUUGUUGUAUCGAUUUCAACUAUUUCAAGAAUAUUUUUCCAUUGGAUUGUGGUAAUGGACAAGAGACUGUUUCCCUUUGUUUACUGGCCAGACAGGCAUCAACUUUGGAAGACAAUGCCCCAGUGUUUCCAGUAUGCCUUUGGCAGGAAAACAACUGUUGUUAUCGACUGUUUUGAGGUGUUCAUUGAAAGACCAUCAAACUUGCUUGCCAGAGCACAGACAUUUUCCAUUUAUAAACACCACAACACUAUCAAGAUUCUUGUUGGUAUAACCCCCACGAUUUCUUUUGUUUCAGAAGCCUGGGGAGGUCGUGUCUCUGAUAAAUUUGUAACCGAGAACUGUGGUUUUCUGGACAAGCUUCUUCCGGGAAAUAUGGUGAUGGCUGACCGAGGAUUUACCGUCAGUGAAAGCAUUGGUCUCAAGCAAGCAAGCAAGACUGGUAAUCCCAGCUUUUACAAAGGGAAAAUCUCAGCUGGACCCAGUGGAUGUGGAGCAGACUAG